CACCAGCAGACGCCUUCCGCCACUUCACCAAUGACCAAACUUCCGACUACUCAUGUUUUCUGAGUUUGGCGGUUGGUUCUGCGCAAGACGAUGAGUCUUCGACUUUCUUUCGAUCAAUCAGUUCUUCUUCGUUCGUUGAACUUCCAAAGCCCUAACAGAGGCCGGGAGCAGUUUAGGAAUGGUCUGUUAUCUUCGCGUUUCUUGGAAAAGGGAGAAUGCUUCAAAGUUUUUGGUUCUCGGAGUUCUCCGUUCACUCCGCUUCGAGGAGAUGCGCCUGCCCUUCGCUUGCUUUCAACGCGAGCUCGGGUUUCUCGGAACGAUGCUCAGUCAUUUCCAAGUGGUUCUAUCUUCGAUGAGAAUGAAUUGCAAGCGCCGAGUUUCUUCGAGUUCAUCACUUCGGAAAGAGUUAAGGUUGUUUUUAUGCUUGGAUUAGCUUUGGCCCUCUGUAAUGCGGAUCGAGUUGUAAUGUCAGUCGCUAUUGUUCCAUUAUCGCUGGCUCAUGGUUGGAGCAGGUCAUUUGGUGGCGUUGUUCAAUCAUCUUUUCUCUGGGGAUACCUAAUGUCACCCAUAGCUGGAGGGGCGCUGGUGGAUUAUUAUGGUGGCAAGGUAGUUAUGGCAUGUGGUGUAACUUUAUGGUCUCUAGCUACCUUUUUAACUCCUUGGGCUGCAGAAACUUCCCUAUGGGCCUUACUUGCCACACGAGUUCUACUUGGCAUUGCAGAAGGUGUGGCACUUCCUAGUAUGAACAAUAUGAUUUCAAGGUGGUUUCCUUUAACAGAACGAGCCCAAGCUGUUGGACUUGCAAUGGCUGGAUUCCAGCUAGGAAAUGUUAUUGGACUGACACUUUCUCCUAUCCUCAUGUCAAAAGGAGGUGUAUUUGGCCCUUUUGUGAUUUUUGGAUUAUCUGGGUUUCUUUGGGUUUUAGUAUGGAUAUCUGCAACAUCAAGCACACCUGAUCACCAUCCUCAAAUAUCAAAAUUUGAAUUAGAGUACAUACUGAAUACGAGUAAAAAAUCUUCAAUGCCUUCCACAGUGAAGAAUUCAAAGACGUCCAAACUGAUCCCCCCUUUCAAGCGCUUACUUUCAAAGAUGCCCACAUGGGCCCUCAUAUCUGCAAAUGUGAUGCACAGCUGGGGAUACUUUGUUAUGCUUUCAUGGAUGCCCAUUUACUUUAACACAAUUUAUCGAGUAGACCUCAGACAAGCCGCAUGGUUUAGUGCUGUUCCAUGGGUUAUGAUGGCAGUUCUGGGAUACUUUUCUGGUGUCUGGUCGGAUAUGCUGAUUCAGAAUGGUAAAAGUGUCACUUUUACACGCAAAGUAAUGCAGUCAAUUGGUUUUGUUGGUCCUGGUAUUGCUCUACUGGGUCUUAAUACUGCGAAAAAUCCGACUAUUGCAACUGCUUGGCUUACAAUAGCUGUUGGCUUGAAAUCUUUCAGCCAUUCUGGUUUCCUUGUAAACCUUCAGGAGAUUGCUCCACAGUAUGCGGGUGUUCUACAUGGAAUGUCAAAUACUGCUGGAACAUUGGCUGCUAUCAUUGGAACAGUUGGAGCUGGUUUCUUUGUUGAGCUAUUUGGUUCUUUCCGUGGAUUUUUAAUGUUCACAGCAUUCCUUUAUUUCUUCAGUGCUCUCUUUUGGGAUAUCUUUUCUACUGGAAAUCAAGUUAAUUUUGAUGAAACUGUAUUAACUGAAUGGAACUGUACAUACUGGCGACUUCUCAAUAAAAGUUUUCUACAAGAAAAGGUCAAAGUACUGAGGAAGAUAUGGGAAUGCUUACGCGAUACAAUUACCCGACUUGAACAGAUGUACUCAGCUGAAUCCAAGCAGCAGCACUCGUAUGCAUUGGAGGAUAAAAGAAUGCCGUUUGGUUUUCAGGAGUUUAUCAUGUUGAUUACUGUUAGUCCUUUUUCCCUUGUUUUCUUUUUGGACAACUGUUACGGUUGGAGUAUGAAACCAAUGAGGAUUUCAUCCAUAUGUACUGUAUAUAAAGGGAAGAAUUGCAGCUUUUCCUGACA